AGGAAAAUGAGGGGAAUCUCAACAUGGAAAAACUCUGCAAUGGAAAUGAAGGAAUGCCUGAGAAACAAGGGAAGAUGGAAUACAAAGAACAGCCACAGGAUGUGGGAAGGCCAGAAUUAGCUUGUACUCUGGAAGACAAGGAAAAGUUAGAAAACAAGGGAAAGACAGAAAAUGAGGAAAUACUGAAGGACAAGGAAAGGCCAGGGGGUGUGGAAAAGCCCAAAGAGGGAAAGCCAGAGAACCUGGAAAAUCCAAAAGAAGAAGGAAAACCCACGAGUGAGGGGAAGCCAGAGAGCAAGGGACAGCCAAAAGAAGGAGAAGGAACCAAAGGCUGUGGGAAAGCACCAGCUGGGAAUGAUGUACCCAGGCAGGCCAAAAGAAAAACCAGCAAGGGGCUGGCUCAGUGUCUCAAGGAAUAUGAGGAGGCCAUACACAAUAUGCAUUUGAACAAUGAGGAGAUGAUAAGAGAAUUUGAUGAGAUGGGCAGGGUGGAGGAUUAGGUGAAGGAAACCAGACAGAAAUUGGGGGGGGUGGUUUUGAGGACACAAAAAAGUUUACAGGACCCUUUCCACCCGGGGCCAAGAGAACUCAGGGGUGGAUGCAGAGCCCCACAGAGGGACUUUGAAGACAUUCCUUUUGUGUAGUGCCCCUGGCAAGCAUUUGCCAGGUCCUGUGCCUUAACCUUAUGCUAAUAAUUUGCUUUAGCUGUCACUCUCAUUAUCAGCAGCCUUUUGAGCCAACUAGAACACU